GCCCGUAACAUCGCAUCCUCUCGCGUACUUGUCUUGCGUAUCUAUAUAUACAGUGUGUGCGAGUCAGAAGCAGCGAUAAUGAUCGCCGCGAGUCUGUCGUUAAACAAAAUUAAACUUUUAUUACAAAUUACGAAUUCCGAUCUCGCCCUUGCAAAAAAAAUAUAUAUUAUAAAAUAAUAUUAUAACUAUUUAUUACCUAUAACUAUAAGUAAACGCAGGCAAUUUUUAUACGACAGCCGCGUUCCAAAAGUCAUCGUCGCGAAACCCCGCAGUCGAGACUCGCUGACCGCAUAACUCCGCAAACUCCAGUCACAGAUAGCAGCACAUCGAGGAGUGUCCACAGCUGUCCUCCACGAAGUCCUCGAGCUUUGUACUUUGCACUCUAGCUGCAGUAGCGCGGAAGGGAGGGAGAGACAAAAAAACCGGAGCUCUCCACCACUUGUUAAGCAGCCAAAUAAUCCCUAGUAGCCCGCAAUAAUGCAGCCACCCGCUCGCUGUUCAGGUUCUUCGGCACUUCAUCAGCAGAAGCAGUGUUUACGAGACAUCGACGUCAGUGGCGGCGGCGGCGGCGGCAGUCUGCAGUAGUGAGCGGAAUACUUAUACUUGACAACUAUAAGUAUAUACCUAUACUGCUCAGCGCGAUUCGCUCGUCGAUUCGCGCGUAUAUUAGUAGAGACGCGACUAGUACAAGUUCAUCAUCAUCAUCAUCAUCAUCAGCAGCAGCAGCAGCAGCAGCAGCAGGAAAUAAAAUAACGGAUCAACCGGAGGGACGUGUGCUACUUUCGGAAGCUGUACCGAGUAUUAACUCGAGAAUCGCGCGAGGAUAUUGAUACAUACGCACGAUGGCUGGGACCUUUGACCAAAACGACAAGUCCAGCUGGUACUUUGGAGCAAUGUCCAGACAGGAUGCCUCUGACCUGCUCAUGAGUGAGAAGGAAGGAGGUGUUUUUCUUGUCAGGGACAGCAUUUCCAUACAAGGAGACUUUGUUUUGUGUGUCAGAGAAGACAGCAAAGUCAGUCACUACAUUAUUAACAAAAUCCAACAAGGUGAUCAAAUACGUUAUCGUAUCGGAGAUCAGAUAUUUCCGGAUAUUCCCAAUUUAUUGGCAUUCUACAAGCUGCAUUAUUUGGAUACUACACCUUUGAUACGACCAGCACCAAGAAAAAUCCAAAGGGUGAUUGCGAGGUACGACUUUGACGGUAAUGAUCCCGAUGAUCUGCCAUUCAGAAAAGGUGAAAUCCUCACUAUAAUUUCCAAGGAUGAAGAGCAGUGGUGGACCGCCAAGAACAGCCUUGGACAAACAGGAUCAGUGCCGGUUCCUUAUGUACAAAAAUACCAAGACGACGAUCAUCAGCACAUAAUCGACGGCAGUACACCAGCAGCAGCAGCAGCUAGGCCUGAAAGUGGUGGUAGUUCCGGCUCUGGGACAACGUCUCAUACAACGGAGACAGUACAACAGCAGGCUACGGCAGCUGCUGCCACUCGACGUUCCAAUAUUCAAAGAACACUGCCUGCCUAUGCAAAAGUCAAACAAGCACGUGUUCCAAAUGCUUAUGACAAAACUGCACUGAAAUUGGAAGUAGGAGACAUAAUCAAAGUAACAAAAACGAACAUUAAUGGUCAGUGGGAAGGUGAAUUGCACGGUAAAGUUGGACACUUUCCUUUUACGCAUGUGGAAUUUGUUGAUAACGAAGUAGUUGCGAACGAAGAUUGCGAUGAUAAUAGUCAAGAAAUUUAACAGACUUGUGUUUUCUGAAAUAUGCCAAGUGAAGUGAAUCAUCGGCAGCUGCCAUACUGCAUAAUGUUGGACAUUUGAUGAAUGAAUUUUUUUAAUUUUUUUUUUAUCGCUAUCAAGUACAUCAUAUUUUAUUUGAAAAAAAAAAAAAAAAACGUUUCCAACUCGAUAUGCUCAAUUUCUAGUCAACGAUUUGUAUUGUAAAAUUUAUUUUCAAAUUUUGUACAAUUGUCGAGACUGUGAAAAUUGUGAUAUCAACGUUUGGACUUGAGAAUGAUGCAUUUAUUUUUCGGGUAACAGUUUCACACUGCUACGAGUACUUGUGCUUGAUUAUAAAAUGUAAAUGACAAACUGCUGUGCCAUUAUGUAAAACAUAAUCUUUUAUCACAUUAAUAGUGGUAUCAAUGAGUGGGAUUGUAUUAUAGACAUUUUUUGACUUUGUUGACUUAUGCAGCAUAUGUGAACGUGGUGGCACCUAUAUAAUGUAUAUUUUUCUAAACUCGGGCGCAUAUUCAAUUUUCUUUUUUUUUAGAUCGUAACUAAUCGUGUUGUGUAAUUUAUAAUAAGAACUGUAAUGGAUUAUUCAUUGCACAUAAUAAAUAGGAUAUAAUAUACUUGUAAUGUA